UUAUAGGUUAAGCUCAUUAUUUUAACUAACACAAAGAAGAAGUCCUAUAAACAGAACUUGGCAAACUGCUGAACGUUAGUUGAUUUCUCUUUAUUUUUUAAUCUGUUUACAAGUUGAAGAAAAUGAUCCAUUUGAGGAAGUCCAGUGUGAGUAAAUAGAAACUCUCCUUUUCUUUUCUUUCAAUAUUUAAAGGCACACAUAUGAGUACAAAUAUUAACAUUUUAUUAUUUUAAUUCACCUGGUUUUAUAUCAUUAUCAAAGUCAGGAUGGAGACACUGUUCUCCUGUUCUACUGCAACACACUUGUUCAUAAUCACAUAAAUAUAAAUCUGAACUUUUAUCCUCCUUUGAUGAUCAUCAGCUGCUGAACUUUAGUCAUCUUACCUCUGGAGUGACAGGAGAAUGAGCUGCUGUUUUGAAUCAAUAAUAUUAUUUUAACUAUCAUACAAGUCAUAAAUGCAUUUGUACCAUGAUUUUUAUGUUUAGUUUCAAGACUGAGAUACUUGAUCAGAACAUAAUGACACACGGCCCACUAACACCUUCAACUCGUCCUUUUACCUUCUCAAACCUGUCAUUCGUUCAUGGUGCAGAUGUAAAGUUGUGGUAUUGGUACUUAAACAUUUAGCUAGCUAAGUCUUAAAUCAUUCUUCCUCUCUGGUGUUCAGCCUUAAUGUAAAUGUAAAUGCAGCAGUUGGAGUGAAAAUCCAGCAGAGGGCGCUCUGAGCCAGGGCAGCAGUGUCGCUGCUGCUGUGCUUUAUUUAAACCAUUAAACUCAUGCCUGUGUUUGAUUAACGAUUAUUCAGGUCAUCAGAGCUGUUGCAGUGGUUCACUCUGAAAUGACGGUUCACAUCAGCAGUAACGACACCUGGUUACAACAAUCGCUAAAAAUUAAUAUUGAAUCGUGUGUAAUUUUGCCAAAACAAUGUUGGAUUUGGUUGGUUUUCCUGGUCCCCUUCCCAGAGUGACAUGGUCUCCUUGCUGGCUGUCUAAGUGGUGUCCAGAAAACUGUGUGGGCUUUAUAGAUAAUUAGCAAACUUUCUGGAGGAAACCUGGUCUUGUUAGGAGAGACAGUAUCUGUCCCACUUUGGGUGCAGCAGUUCGUAUUUAUUAAACCCCCCAAAAUGUGACUAUCCAGAGUUGGGACCAGGAAGCAGAGUUGCAGUUUUACAUGCCUCACUGCAGCUUGUCUCCUCCUGUUAUCCACUCAUCCCCUUAGAGACUAUGUAUGCUCAAAAAAGAAAAAGAAAAAAAACAAAAAUCAUCAAUAAAUGAUUUAAACAUAAAAAUCUCAAAAAAAAACAAUAUAUUUGCACCAAAGACUAAAACAGUAAACAUUAGGUCUCCCUCUUCUAAGUGUCUGUUAGUACAUGAAUUAAUAAGUAAUUAACAAAGUGAUUUACUCUGCCUGACAGAAACCUGGGUACAGCAGGAUAAUUAUGUUAGCUUAAAUGAAUCAGUACCCCUGAGUCAUACUAAUUCUCAGAAUCCUCGAAGUGCAGGCUGAGGAGGGGGUGUGGCAGCAAUCUUCCACUCUAACAUAUUAAUCAACCACGAGACCCAGACAGAGUUUAAAUUUAUUUGAAAGCCUGACACCCAGCCUUGACCACCCUAUCUAGAAAACUCAAAAGUCUGAUUUCUUAUAUGGAACCAGCUUCCAGUUUGAAGUCAGGAGACAGACACUAUCUCUACUUUUAAGAUUAGGCUUAAAACUUUCCUUUUUGAUAAAGCAUAUAGUUACGGCUGGACCAGGUGACCCUGAAUCCCUUAAUUACGCUGUAAUAGGUCUAUGCUGCUGGGGGAUUCCCAUGAUGUGUGAAAGGUUUCUUCUUCAGUCACCUUUUAGUUAUUAUAAAUCUCUGGCUCUCUUCCUCAGCAUGUCUUUGUCCAGUCUUCCUCCCCUCACCCUCAACUGGUCACGGCACAUGACCGCACCACCCUGAGCCUGGUUCUGCUGGAGGUUUCUUCCUGUUGAAAGGGAGUUUUUCCAUCCCCUUGUUGCCAAAACACUUGCUCAUAGGGGGUCAUAUGAUUGUUGGGGUUUUCCCUGUUUUCUUUGUUUUAUUGUAGGGUCUUUAUAUUACGACAUAAAGCACGCUGAGGCAACGUUUGUUGUGAUUUGGCGCUGUAUAUUUGAAACUGAAUUGAAAAGUAAUAUUUUCUAGUGUUUGUUUGCUUUUCUAAGUUGGAAAAAGGGACACAGUUCAAAUCACGUUUUUAUGUAUGUAAGAGGAAACUGAAUAGUGUAACAUUCCUGAUGCACACCAAUACAGCCCAUAACACAAAUAUAAAAACACAUUACACAAUAUAACCUGUUCCCGUACAAUUACAGUGUAUUUACAACAUAAGAUGGAGAAUUUCUGUUUGUUUGUUGUUGUUGUUGUUGUUUCCACUGAAACUUAAAAUUAAUUAAUAAAUUAUUUAAACACUACUUAAAAAUUACUCAGGCCCUACAUAAAAUGACUAAUAGUAUCAUUUCUGUUUGCUUUCCUGUAAAAUACUCAGAAGUUACGUACAACUUCAAAUUGCUUAUUCACUCCUUCUAAUGGACAGAACACAGAGAGUCAGGAUUAUACAGUUUAAGUAAUUAUUAGCCCCUAUUUUCAGUGUAUAAACCACUAAGUUUUUCUAGGUACAAACAAGUACAUUGUAGUUUCAAGUAAAAUACAUGGAAAUUCCACUUGAUUCUAGGGAAAUUAAACCCUUUGUCAUUGAGCGUAUUAUAAAGUGUUCCCUUACCCACCACCUGUCAGAGGUGGAGCAACACCUGAAAGACGAGGGCUUCAGUGUCAGAGGCGAGACCUGAAAGUUAAAGCGAGAGCUGCACCUCAGCAAAUCUGUUUCUCCUCAAAGGAACCUUAAACUAAGCUCAUCCAGCCUUUUUCAACAGCACAGCAGAGCUUCUGUCCAGCACUGGGUCUGAUAAGCUCCCCACUUUGUGCCUGACACGCCUGCAGGGAGAUUCAACUGAGUCUAUCAGAUUUUCCUCAACAACACAGCAGAGUCUCUACAAACAGCAAGUGCAGACAUGUCUGCUGCCAGCUGUCUCCUAUCUGAAGAUCAGUUUCUGUGCUCCAUCUGUCUGGAUGUCUUCACUGAUCCAGUCUCCACACCAUGUGGACACAACUUCUGCAAAAACUGCAUCAGUCAACACUGGGAUAUCAGUGACAGGUGUCAGUGUCCCAUGUGUAAAAAGGUGUUUGAGACCAGACCUGAACCGCAUAUCAAGACUUUAAUGUCUGAGAUGAUUUCUCAGUUCAGACAUGAAGCUCAGCAUAAAGUCAACAGCAGCAACUCAGAGCAACAAGCUGCCAAACCAGGAGAAGUUCCCUGUGACAUCUGCACUGGAACCAAACUGAAGGCCCUGAAGUCCUGCCUGGUGUGUCUGGCCUCCUACUGUCAGACUCACCUGGAGCCUCACCUGGCAGCUUCACGUCUGAAAAGACAUCAGCUGAUCGAUCCUGAGGAGAACCUGGAAGGCAGGAUGUGUAUGAAGCACAAUAAACCUCUGGAGCUGUUCUGUAAGACCGAUCAGACAUGUGUCUGCGUGCUCUGCUCUGUUAUAGACCACAAGACUCAUGAGUUUGUUCCUCUGAGAGAAGAAUAUGAAGGAAAGAAGGCAGAACUGGGGAAGACUGAGACUGAAAUUCAACAGAUGGUCCAGAAGAGACGACUGAAGAUUCAGGAGAUCAAAGAGUCAGUGAAGAUGAGUAAAGAUGCUGCAGACAGAGAGAAAGCAGAAGGUGUUCAGGUCUUCACUGCUCUGAAGGAGUCUGUUGACAGACGCCUGAACGAGCUCGUGAAGCAGAUUGAAGACAAACAGGAAACAACAGAGAAACAGGCUCAAGGUUUCAUCAAAGAUCUGGAACAGGAAAUCUCUGAGCUGAUGAAGAGAAGCUCUGAGGUGGAGCAGCUCUCAUGCUCUAAAGACCACCUCCACCUCCUCCAAAGAUUCUCCUCUCUGAAAGCUGCUCCAACCACCAAAGACUGGACAGAGGUCAGUAUCCAUCCACCAUCAUAUGAGGGGACUGUGGUGAGAGCUGUGGUGAGAGCUGUGGAUCAGCUGAAGGAGACACUCAGUAAAGACAUGAAGAAUCUGUUUGAUGCUGAGUUGAAGAGGGUCCAGCAGUAUGCAGUGGAUGUGACUCUUGAUCCUGAUACAGUAAAUCAUCAUCUCAUCUUGUCUGAUGAUGGAAAGCAAGUACACUGUGGUGAAGAAGAGAAUGAUCUUCCAGACAACCCAAAGAGAUUUUCUGAAGAGCUUGUCGCUUUAGGAAAGCAGAGUCUCUCUUCAGGCAGAUUUUAUUUUGAAGUUCAGGUUAAAGAAAAGACUGAAUGGGCUUUAGGAGUAGUCAGAGAGUCAGUCAACAGGAAACAAGAAAUCACACCGAGUCCCGAGAAAGGUUACUGGACUGUAGGAGUAUAUGAAAACAUUUGUGUGGCUCUUGAGGAUCCUGAAGUCCGUCUCCUGCUUCAGUCUUAUCCUGAGAAGGUGGGGGUGUUUGUGGAUUAUGAGGAGGGUCUGGUCUCCUUUUAUGAUGUAGAUUGUGCAGUUCUUAUCUACUCCUUUACUGGCUGCUCCUUCACCGGGAAACUCUACCCAUUCUUCUGUCCCGGGGUCAAUGAUGACGAUGAUAACUCUGCACCUCUGAUCAUCUGUCCUGUCAAUCAGUCAGUCCAAUCUUUUUCCAUGGGGAAUGUGGAUCAAUCAAAGUUUAAGCCAAGCCAGAGAAGAAGUCCUAAAAACAGAACCCAGCAAAAUGCACCUGAUGAAGACCAUGAGAUUCAGUCAGAAGCUGCAGAACAAGCUGACCUUUAGUUGAUUCCUGUUUUUAAACUAUUCCCAAGUUUCAGAAAAUUUACCGUCCAUGGACAUGAGUACAAAUGUUAAAAUUUAAUCAUUUUCAUUCACCUGGUGUGAAAUAUCAUAAACAGGAUGGAGAAACUGUUCUGUUGUUCUAACAUGUACAACACACUUGUUCACAAUGAAAUGAAUAAAGAUUGGAACUUUCA